GGCGCCGUAAACAAAUGAAUUUCGUCAGCUAAAACAAAACGUGCUCAUAUUGAAUUUUGUAAUAUAUUUGUUUGUUGUGUUUAUAACAUGUAAUAUAGGACCAAUUUUAUUUAUAACGAAUAGGCGAAUUGUUAGCAGCGGUUCGAACUGAGAAAACAGAAAAUGAGUCAAGUGCAUGGAAAUGUUAAACGUGACGAGAAAAAUAAAGUUACAAAAAAGAGCCCAGAAAAAAACAUGUCGGAAAUCGACGAGCACAUACUAAAGAGGUUCGAUAUUAAAAAGAGGUUAGGCAAGGGCGCGUAUGGGAUCGUUUGGAAGGCUGUCGAUAAGAAGACCAAAGACGUCGUAGCGAUAAAAAAAAUCUUCGACGCUUUUAGAAAUCAGACUGACGCGCAGAGAACUUUUAGAGAGAUUAUAUUUUUACAGUCGUUCAGAAAUCAUCCGAAUAUAGUGAAACUUCAUAGUAUACACAGGGCACUGAACAACCGCGACAUAUACCUCGGAUUCGAGUACAUGGAGACGGACUUGCAUAACGUCAUUAAACGAGGCAACAUCCUGAAGGAUGUGCACAAACGUUACAUUAUGUAUCAAAUGCUGAAGGCAACGAAGUAUAUACACUCUGGAAACGUGAUACACAGGGACCAGAAGCCGAGUAAUGUGCUGAUAGAUAGCGCUUGCAGAGUAAAGCUAGCAGAUUUUGGUCUGGCUCGGUCUGUGUCUUCGAUGUACUCUGGUGGUGAGGACGGGGCCGAUCCUUGCCUCACAGACUACGUUGCAACUAGGUGGUACCGUGCGCCAGAGAUACUUAUCGCUAGUAAGAAUUACACAAAAGGCAUAGACAUGUGGUCUUUGGGUUGCAUCCUGGGUGAGAUGCUGACUGGUAAGCCGUUGUUCCCGGGGACGUCCACGGUCAACCAGAUUGAACGCAUCAUGGCCGCCCUACCGAAACCCUCGUCUGAGGACAUAUCAGCUGUAUGCAGCGGCUACGGCUCGUCACUGAUCCGCGAACAGGCUGCAGCACAUAGCAGCAGUUCCUCGCUCACCAACCAGCUGGCCAGCGCUCCAAGAGACGCCUCAGAUCUGGUGCGGCAGCUACUGUUGUUCAAUCCAGCCAAGAGGCUCAGUGCUGAUGGUGCUCUCCAUCAUGAGUACGUAGCCAAGUUCCAUCGCGAAAAAGACGAAGUGACGCUACCAUCAGACGUGCUGCUGCCACUGCGAGAUGAUAAGCAGAUGUCUGUGGAUGACUACAGGAACAAACUCUACAGUAUCAUGACUAAGGGGUUUGGGAACAGCUGCGGAUCUAACAGGAAGAUGCACUACAGCAAAUCCCAUACAGCAGCAGCUCCAAAGAGCAAGAGUUUCCAAGAAACGUCCACCUAUACCCAGGACACGUCGAAAUACAAAACCAAACUCAGCACUUCUGCAGACCAAGCCCGACCGAGGGUCAACCGACCAGUCAAAGAGUAUAAAUCCGACCAAGCAAUAUCCAAGCCCAUAAAAGCCACCAAGAUAUAUGAAAGGCAGGACUGGUUGGAAAAUUGCAGUGGGGAUUACAUUCCAAAUAGGAUUCCAGAUAAGAGAAGCCAGCAGAGGAGGAACUCGACCUCCUUCUCCACGAUAUCCAUUGGUGGCGAUGGGUUCUAUGGCCAGAGGCACGGGGUCAUAACAGCCAGCGCUCUCAUGGAUCUAAGGACCAGCAUACGUUGAACUGCUCACCAGCAUACGUUGAGCUCCCAUUUUGUGUGUCGGUUGAAAAUUACAUGAAUAAUUUGAAUUUUAACGGUUUUCUUUGUCAGUUUUAAGAUUUUUGGUCGUUGUUUUUUUUUACUUCAGGCACGAGAGUACUUCAAUGUAUUACUUAUUCUUAGAUUAGUAUUGUAGCGGUCGCAGCUCUAGCGGUUAGAAAUUCUAAUAAAAUAGUCAUUUUUGUGAUCUCUUCUAGUCAAUUAUUUUUAAAAUGAACCCAGUGUUGCCCUGUUAAUUGUUUUUGUAAUAAAAAUAAUUAAUAGUAACAAAAAAAUUAUAAUUAAAUUUAGUAGUAAAUGAUAUUUUGACUUUGAUAUUAUACAUUUUUAUCGGUAAAUCACAUGUUCUAUAGAUUUGAUUGUUUGGCUCAAUUUUAAUAGAUUCUAGUCAUAGACAUUAUAGACGAACGGAAACCAUGACGCCACCCACUGCCAUAGAUUGAUAAUUUUGUUUAUCUAAUAAAGAUCCUUUUUAUA